AUGUCGAAAACUCAAUUCACUACAACUCAAGAUGAGUUGUUAGUUGAAGAAGUCAGCAAAAACCGUGUGCUGUAUGACAGUUCACACGAGAAACAUAAAGAUGUGAAUUAUAAGGAUGCAAUUUGGAACAAUAUUUCUACCGUUGUUGGGCAAUGUACUGAAGAUUGCAAAAAACGUUGGCGGAAUAUACGCGAUACUUAUAUGAGACAUAAAAAAAAACUUGGAACUGGGUCGUCAGCAUUGUCAAAAAAGAAAUGGGCUUUGGCUGACAAUUUAACAUUCUUGAACACCGUAGAAUACGAAAGAAAUACAACGACAAAUGUUAAUGCGAAUGUUACAACAACAAUUAAUGAUAACGCAAAUGAUAACGCAAAUGAUAAUGCAAAUGGUUCUUUAAUGGAUACCUUAAGUGAAGAAAGUAGUGAGUUAUUUGAAGAAGACACUGAAAAAUCCACUAAAGACCCAAAUUCUAAUGAACUUCAAAACCCAAACAAAAAAUUUAAAUCUAAGUACAACAAGACAGAUUUUUCAAAACGUCAAUUGGAAAGAGCCGUUAUUAUUCAAAAUUUACAAAAACAAAAUGAAACGAUUUUAAAUAAAGUGACAAACAAUGACGAAACCGAUUUAUUUUUCCAAAGUAUUGCGGCAAUGGUGAAAAAACUACCUCCUAGAGGCAUAAGCUAG